CACAUUCUCUCUCUCUUUCUGCCUUUUUUCCAAGUUCUCUCUCUCUUCCCACUUAAUAAGCUGGUUCAAAUUUUUAAAUAACAAAAACACUUUGGAUUCGGCCAUUACCUUCCCUUUUACUCCUCCUGUUUUUUGUUUUUCCUUUCUUCUUCCUCUGGAAAUUUUUUAUUCUUAUUUGGGUAGCAGAGCACUUAAUCUCUAGUAAGGAGAAGCUUUUUGUUUUUGUUUUUUUGGUUGGUUUCCUUCUCCAGCAUCCAUGGCGGACUAGCCUCUCUCUCUCUCUCUUUUAUUGCUUUGUUGUAAAGAAAAAAAAUACUUGUUUAAUUUGGGGGGGGGAGAGGAAAUGUUGUUGCAGGAAGCCCUUGUUUCACUCAGCAUCUUGCUCUUGGUUUCAGUUGUUACAAGUGCAGACCCCACGUUCAACGACGACGUAUUGGGACUGAUAGUUUUCAAGGCAGGCCUGCAGGACCCCUUGUCCAAGCUCGCCUCUUGGAACUCGGAAGACUACGAUCCCUGCAACUGGGUCGGGUGCGUCUGCGACCCCGCCACCAAUCAGGUCACGGAGCUCCGGCUUGACGGUUUCUCUCUGUCGGGACACAUCGGGCGUGGACUUGUCCGUCUGCAGUCCCUUCACACCUUAGUCCUCUCCAACAACAACCUCACCGGAACCCUAAACUCGGAGCUCACUCAGCGUGGGACCCUCCAGCUAGUUGAUUUCAGCGGCAAUAACAUAUCGGGUGGGAUCCCAGACGGGUUCUUCGAGCAAUGCGGGGCCUUGAGGUGGGUCUCGUUGGGUGGAAACAGGCUGACGGGUCCUCUUCCAGUGUCGCUAAGCUACUGCUCAACACUCACCCAUCUUAAUCUCUCAACCAAUCAGCUCUCUGGGAGGUUACCAAGAGAAGUCUGGUUCCUCAAGAGCUUAAAGUCGCUUGAUUUAUCUCACAAUUUCCUCCAGGGAGACCUCCCCCUCGGCAUCGGCUCUCUCUAUGAUCUCCGCCACAUCAACUUGUCCAAUAACUGGUUUUCUGGUCACCUUCCUUCCGACAUUGGAACAUGUUCUUCCUUGAGCUUGCUUGAUCUUAGUCACAAUUACUUUUCUGGUAACCUUCCCGUUUCUAUGAAAACCCUAGCCUCCUCCUCCUUCACCUUCCUCCGACUUCGAGGAAACUCUCUCCUCGGUGAAAUCCCUGAUUGGAUCGGUGAACUCGCCACUCUCGAGACUCUGGAUCUCUCUGCCAACAACUUCUCCGGUAACGCGCCCUCCUCUCUCGGGAAUCUCGUGUUUCUCAAGGAACUCAACCUUUCCGCAAACUUUCUCACUGGGGAGAUCCCACAGAGUAUCUCCAACUGCUCCAACUUAGUCUCCAUUGAUGUCAGCAGGAAUUUAUUCACCGGGGAUGUCCUCAACUGGAACGUUGCCUUUCUUCAAGGUCUUCGCCUUCUAGAUCUUUCCUCCAAUGAGUUUUCCGGUGAGAUACCGUCUAACAUUUGGAUGCUUCUUACAAGUUUGGUGCACCUCAAUCUCUCUACCAAUUCUCUCUUCGGUUCCAUACCCAGCGCCGGCAUUGGCAUUGGCGUUGGAGGGUUGAAACUCGCUGAGAUUCUUGAUCUCAGUAGUAACCUUCUCAACGGAACACUUCCUUCUCAGAUCGGAGGAGCCGUCUCCCUCAAACAACUUCACCUGCAAAGAAACCACCUCACUGGCCAGAUCCCGCCUCACAUCUCAAACUGUACCUCUUUAAACGCAAUAGAUCUUUCCGAGAAUAAGCUAUCCGGUGAGAUUCCGGGGAGCAUUGGCAGUCUUAGCAACCUACAGUACAUAGACUUGUCGAGGAACAAUCUCUCUGGAAGUUUACCAAAACAAGUUGAGAAACUUACCCACCUGCUCACCUUCAACAUCUCUCACAACAACAUCACUGGGGAGCUUCCAGCUGGAGGUUUCUUCAACACCAUCCCUCUCUCUGCCGUCACCGGAAACCCAUCCCUAUGCGGCUCCGUCGUCAACCGCCCCUGUCUCUCUGUCCACCCCAAACCAAUCGUCCUCAAUCCCAACUCCUCCAAUCCAUCCAAUGCUCCACCUCUUAUCAGGAAGAGUGUUCUCAGCAUAUCCGCCCUCAUUGCCAUUGCUGCAGCCGCCUUCAUUGCCAUUGGGGUGGUCGCCGUCACUCUCCUCAAUGUCCACGCCCGAUCUAGCCUUUCCCGCCACGACGCAGCUGCUGCUGCUGCCGCUCUCGCUAUGUCCGUUGGAGAAACAUUCAGCUGCUCUCCAAGUAAAGAUCAAGAAUUCGGGAAGCUGGUGAUGUUCUCAGGGGAAGCGGACGUGUUUGACACCACAGGCGCAAAUGCCUUGCUCAACAAGGACUGCGAGCUGGGUCGUGGUGGGUUUGGAGUGGUCUACAAGACGAGUCUUCAGGAUGGGCGUCCUGUGGCAGUCAAGAAACUGACAGUCUCAGGUCUGAUAAAGUCGCAGGAGGAGUUCGAGAGAGAGAUGAGAAAGCUAGGAAAGCUGAGGCACAGGAAUGUGGUUGAGAUCAAAGGGUACUACUGGACGCAAUCGCUGCAGCUCCUGAUCCAUGAGUUUGUCUCCGGGGGAAGCUUAUACAGACAUCUCCACGGGGACGAGUGCGUUUGCCUGACGUGGCGUGAACGCUUCAGCAUCAUUCUGGGGAUAGCGAGAGGUCUGGCUUAUCUGCACGGGAGUAACAUCACUCACUACAAUCUGAAAGCUACGAACGUGCUCAUAGACGCAGCCACAGGGGAGGCUAAAGUCUCUGACUUUGGGCUGGCCAGGCUAUUGGCCUCAGCGCUGGACAGGUGUGUCUUGAGCGGAAAGGUACAGAGCGCCUUGGGCUACACAGCCCCGGAGUUUGCAUGCCGGACGGUCAAGAUAACUGACAAGUGUGAUGUGUACGGGUUUGGGAUCUUGGUGCUGGAGGUGGUGACGGGAAAGAGACCAGUGGAGUACGCGGAGGACGACGUGAUGGUGUUGUGUGAGACGGUGAGAGAGGGGUUAGAGGAAGGGAGAGUGGAGGAAUGCGUUGACGCUAGGCUGAGAGGGAACUUUCCGGCUGAGGAGGCAAUACCGGUGAUAAAAUUAGGGUUGGUAUGUGGGUCCCAAGUGCCCUCAAAUAGGCCGGAGAUGGAGGAAGUAGUGAAGAUAUUAGAGCUCAUACAGUGUCCCUCCCAAGAGUUUGAGUGACGACAAGAUCGAACAAUCCUUGUCUGUAUUUCUUUAUUCCUUCUUCAGUUUUUCAUAUAAUCGUAAUAUAUAUAUAAGUUCCAUCUUCUUCUUUCUUUGAAAAUGUUUUGUUUUCUUAUGGGUUUUUAUCACACCAGCUGAGCUCAGUUCGAGGAAUCUUUCACACUUGGGGUUUCAUUGUAAUCAAAAUGUUGCUGGUUCAUAAAUUAUAUCAAAAUGUUUGAGGUUCCUCUGUUUGUUAUGCCCUAUCUAUC